UUUCUCUCAACUUUCCUGACUCACUCAUACUACUUUUUCUCUUACUUCCAUUCUCACUCCUUUCUUUCCGUUCUUACCAAUUCUUCGCCACAAUGUCUGAAACCCUCCAAGAGCUCGCCGACAUCCCCAAGGACUUCCUCCGUGAGGGUACCCUCUUCGUCCGCAGAUGCACCAAGCCCGACAAGCGCGAAUUCAUCAAGAUCAGCCAGGCCGUCGGCAUGGGCUUCCUUAUCAUGGGUGCCAUUGGUUACUUCAUUAAAUUAAUACACAUUCCCGUCAACAACAUCCUUGUCGGUGGCGCAUAAGCUAUGAGCGACAUUAAUCAACACUCGAUAACCUACUACCUUAACUUGAUGUGGGGAUGGGAUUCUGCAUAAAGAAAAGGGGGAAGAAUCCGUCCAUGCUUGUAUCCGAUACCCGUUACUCUUACUGCGUUAAAACGAAAUAUAUUGAUGGGAAAUGGAGGUGUUUAACUCAUCUUUGACUUGAUGACAUGCCGUCAGUGCGUCAUGGAGGUGGAUCUUGCUGCAUGAAACAUUGUAGCGAGGUCUUUGAUUCUGUAUAAAUAGCGUUUCCUGAUUCUGUUCAGCAUCCAGAGAGGAUAACUUGAGAGAUUUAUCUAAUUCUUUGAAAUGGCUGUUGAAUGGGAGUCUAAUUUCAAUCUCAUAAAU